AUGGGAUUUGCAGAAGUUUUCAUAGAUAUUGUAUGGAGGUUGAUAGCAAAUAACUGGUAUUCCAUACUCCUUAAUAGCCAAGCUUCUGGUUUUUUCCACUCCACCAGGGGUGUAAAACAAAGAGAUCCACUCUCUCCUGCUUUUUUCAUCUUGUCUGCUGAAGUAUUAUUUAGAGCAUUGAACUCUUUAUUUGAGAACAAUGAUUUUAGAAGCUAUGGAAUGCCCAAAUGGAGCGCAACUCUGAAUCAUCUGGCAUUUGCAGAUGACACAAUAAUUUUUACAUCUGCUGAUUCUAGGUCAUUGGUGCUGAUUAUGAAGGUAUUAUAUGGCUAUGAGCAGAUAUCAGGCCAACUUAUCCUCAAAGGCAAGAGCUCUUUCUAUGUCUACAGUAAGGUGUCUAAUGUGUUGAUACAGCAAGUGGAAAACAUCACUGGUUUUUCAAGAGGCACUUUUCCUUUUACAUAUUUGGGUUGUCCUGUUACACACUCAAGGAAGAGGAAAGUUGAUUACAAUGAUUUGAUCAAGAAACUAUCAAACCUCCAAAAUGUGUUAUCAAUGAUCUGUAUAAAAUAUUUGCAAGAUUCUUCUGGAACAAUAGUGAGAAAGGCAGAAGAAGGCAUUGGUUAUCAUGGUUUAACUUGUGUAUGCCAAAAGAGGAAGGAGGAGUGGGCUUUUAGAUCUUUGUUUGAUGUAUCUAAAUUUUUAUGUGCAAAACUUUGGUGGAAAUUCAGGACAACAAAUACUCUAUGGCCAAACUACAUGUGGAUCAAAUACUGCAAAAGGCACAGUCCUCAGAAUGUGUAG